AUGGUUCCUGAAACAGCUCAAUGGAACACUCAACUAAUUACCUUCUUAUUUGAUGGAGACACUGCGCUUAAAAUCCAAGCUCUUUUUAUAGACACCAGCAAAGAAGACAGCAUGAUUUGGAUGCCUGCAAAAGACGGAGUUUCCUCUGUAAAAAGCACAUACAAAAUGCUGUCUUACAAUGAUAGUGAUGUCCAUGUAGAAGAAUGGGUAACAAGUUGGUUUUUUCAGUACGUUCAAUCUAAGGAUGAUCACUGGAUUUAUACAGUGAUGAUUGGAGCUUGGAUAAUAUGGAAGGAUCUUUGUGAUGUGGUUUUUCAGGGGGUCACUCUUAACCAUCUUACUUCUAUUCGUAAAAUACAUUACCAUCUUGCCUCACAUAUGCAUGAUUCUUAUACUGCUGUUAUAACUAAUUCCAAUAUAUCCAGUUGGAAGCCUCCUUUAGAAAGCAUAUUAAAAUACAAUACAAAUGGCUCUUUUGACUCAGAUUCUAACCAAUUUGGCACUGGUGUUGUGCUGCGUAAUUCAAUAGGUCACUGCAUUGGAAUCAAAGGAACAUAUGGAAAUGGAGCACUAAGUCCAGAGGCUGUGGAGUGUAUGGCUAUACGUGAAGCGCUAUUAUGGGCAAAAAUCUUGAAUCAUACAAAGAUUCAGAUAGAGGCAGAUGCAAAGCUCGUGAUUCAAUCCAUAAAUGGUCAUUCACUUCUCAUCCAGUGGGAAAAUAAGAAUAUAAUAAAGGAGAUAAAACAUUUAAGCUCCUCUUUUGCUUUAUGCACUUUUGAUUUUGUUAACCGGGAUGACAACCAAGUAGCAAAUGCUAUUGCUAGGACCACUAAAGAAACUAGAAACUCUACUAAAUUUUUCGGUGACUUUGAUUCUGCAAUUUUUAACCUCCUAUCUGGAGAUCAAAAUGCAUCUCAUUAA